UCCCAUACUAAUUAUGCUUCAAAAUUUGUUCAAGUAGCAACAUUUCUUAGCAAAACUACAAAAAUUAGCCAACAAAAAUAUUAUCAAAAUCCAUAGUCAAAUUCCAGACUUCAGAAUGGUGAGGCGCAAGGCUGUUGGCGUAGGGAGGCAGCUUUCUCUGACCACUUACCAGCACCUGCCGUCACAGGGGGGUUGCUUUCGUGCCCCCUCGCAGCAGUCUCUUCUGGUCCCAUCGAUGGCAGAGUACUGGCAGAACAUGUGCAACAAGCUGUCAGGCUCCCUGCCCCGCAUGGCCAUGCUGGUGCCACCGGAACCGAGCAGUCGCCGUCUGACCCGGCUGCGUCGCCAAAUGAUGUGGUCUCCAAGGGAGAUUGUGUACGUGCCACACUCCAAAGGCAUGGGCAUGGUUCAGGACAACUAUGUGAGGCAGCAGCAACAGCAAGCACAGAUUCAGCAACUGUACUGCCAGCAGCCUUAUCCGCCUACGUGGGGCAGAUCCCAGUGGCAGGGACCCCCUCCUGCUUGGGGACACUACCACAGCAGUAGAACCAUGGCCCAGCAGCGUCAAAAGUCAGUCAACUCUCCGAACUUCAGCGCGUGUCCUGUCAGCCAGGCAGAGGCCCCUGUGUGCGAUUUCGAGUCGGAGGCAUCUCGUUUCGCAGCGACCGCCUCUCGAAUAGAAAUGCAGCAAAAGGAGCUGCACGAGAAGCAGUUGCAGCUGCAGAAGCUGCAGGAGAGCCACUUCUCGCCCCAGCCGUCACAGGUGAUUGUCCCCGUGGGUAUACUAAAAAAGCCGGCGCGUCCGGAAGGGGGCCAGAGUUCAGAUACAGAGCUCCAUGUCAAGAACGCAAAGCGGGUGAAGGUGGAAGGAAUGGAUGGCAAGCUUUACGAGAGGGUGAUGGCUCCUAGCAAUCCCAAACCGUUGGAUACGCCGCGUCGGAGGUGGACUAGUAGCCAAGAACCACAGAGGGAUCCCCAUCAGGAGCAUUAUUCCAAAGAAUAUAAGCGGAAGCAUCAUCUAGAAUAUCCAGCAAAGACAAUGAAGGUGUCACAGCAACAGCAGAGUUCUGGUACCUUUAAUUUCGGGAAAUUCGUCAGCAAUUUUACAGAUGGCUAUGAUCGGAACCCAGUUUCCCAAGUGACGGCACCAAUACACAAGUCCAAGAAAAGCUCCAAGAUGUGCUCCAAUGCAGAAUCUGCAAGGCGACGACCCCCAGAGUGGCCCAAGGUGGAUAGAAUCUUGCGUCGAGCAGAGCCAGAGACGUCCAAGCGGGGGAGAAAGCGGUUGCCCGACCACCAAGUCGACCAGCUGGACUCCGGCAGCAGCACCAGCACCCUCACCGCAGUGAUGAGCAGUGAAUCGCUCAGGACUCCACAUUCCUGCCUUGAGCAUGCCAAGCAAAGCAGGGAGCACUCCAAGACCCCAUUUCUGGGUGUGGAGAAUGACAGGCGAGGCAAAAUACUCCCUAAGACUCCACACCAAAGUCAGACCUCCAUAAAGACCGAACAGGAGGAAAACUCGGCAAGAGAAAGGCAAGGCGCUAGCCUGGAUGUCUAUGCAAGAACAUUCGAGCAAGCACCACUCGAAGAACAGCCUGAUUCGACGAGCAAGAAAGGCCGUAUCCGGACGGUGAACAUCAACCAACUCCUGCAAAACCAGGAGCACCAGGACGGCAAUGCCGUGUGGGAGUCACUUGUGCAGCUGGUGGAUCAAAUGUGUGAUCCCCUGGAGGAUGAGGAGGAGCAGCAGGAGAAUGAGGCAUCCGAGGAGAAUCGUCUAAAUGCUGGUUUCGGUACCGAGCGCCGUCCGAAAAAGAAAAGGAAGCAGUACUCCGUCUAUCUAAUGGUCAACUCUGACGUGGACGAAGAAGACGACAGCUUGCCGAAGCAGCAACCGGACUCCCCCGUUAUCCUGCCUGAGAGCCACAACCACAACCAGAUCUUGUAUGAGAACCACAACCACAACCCAAUUUUGAAUGAGAGGCACAUCCUGAACCAUCCUGAGAUCAGGCAAGAUCACUACGCCAAUCAAUGCUACAGAUUCUUUCAGGAGGAGCAACGUAGGCCUAGCCACCGGAAACGGAAGCGGAGAUCGAGCAGCCGCAUCAAAGAGCUGGCCUACCCAUAUCCCAUACCACCCCCGGGCCAAACAAUGCGCCGACCCCUGCACUGGCCCAAGCCGGACAUGUCCAGGCCCCAGACGCGACAACAGCGUCCUCGGUCGAUAUCAAAGCCGCCUUCGAAGAAACGGCUCCAUCGAUCCAUCAGCGCGGUCCAUGAGGCACAGCGUCUCCACCGAGUAUGGGAAAAGGUGCCGCUGGUCAACCCAAGUUGCAUGAUGUAUCCCAUGAUGAACCGUACAAGGCGACGCUACUAUUGAGAUAUGCUGCGAUCAGGACCAGCAGCUGGGUAUCCUUUCUUCAUUGUGUAUCGUUUUGUAUUAUAGAAAAAGUAUAUUUGUCCCUUUGUAAUGUCCAAGACAGACCAUAGACAAAGUCCAAGUCAUAGAUUUGUAUCUCAUCCUUGGGACAAAACUGUGCCUUAGGCUUUUUGUCUAUGACCUGAUCCUGGAGGUGAUUCCAGAAAUAGGUAGUGAAUGAAGCCAUCUUUGACCCAAAGUUUAAAGUGUACUCCAUAAAUAAAUAAACCUAAAGCAACUAUUA